AUGUCUUUCCCCCGAUUCCGCAUCCAAAACACCUCCAAACCAUCACGUCUCGAGGACGACAUCGUCCCCCUCACAGAAUCCAAAUCAACACCCGUCUCUCGCACCAACUCCUUCGCCAUGAAGACCCUCAACCCGCGCAGACUCUCCAUCCGCCUCAAGAACCGCCCGAGCAAAUCACCCGCUCCCUCGCCCUCUCACUCUCCAGCACCCUACGAAGCAAACUAUAACCACAGCUCUCCCGUAUACCGACCACAUACCGAUCCCUUGCCAUCACCCAACCCGGCUGCUGUUUCUAUACCAGCUUCAACGGGAGGAGGGAGCCGCACAGGCGCAGAAUUCAUAUACAAACCCAUCCGCCGAACAGACUACGUCCCCGAGACAGCCACAUCACAAAACCAAAGCCAAAAUCAGAGACCUCGCCCGCAAUACCAAUACAACUACAUCUCACCAAAGACGGGGAAUAGAAGCCCGCAUCUAGCAGCAGGGACCUGGGGUCACGCAGGUCUCCCCGUUGGACCAGCACCACAGUCGCGAUCGCAAUCGCGGGCUCAAGCUCAGCUCGAAGAUCGGCGAGACCUAGAUUUAUAUAACGACUUGGACAUUGCUGUUCCGAGAGGACGGACAGAAUACAAUUAUACAGAAAAGUCGAUGUAUACUGCGGCAGAGAAGAAGCGCCGGGCGGCACGGCGGUUAACGACCGUGAUGGUUCCUGACGCGGAGGAUAUUUAUGGAUGA